ACAGGAAGAGGAUGAUUGGAAGGAGUUUGAGCAAAAGGAAGAGAUUGAUUAUAGUGGUCUUAGAGUUCAGUCCAUGCAAAUAAGUGAAAAAGAAGAUGAAAAAGAUGAUGAUGAAAGUGAAAAAAGAGAAGACCACGGUGACCACUGGGAGGAGACUGGUGGCAGUGUAGACAGAUCAUCUGGUCCUUGGAACAAGUCAGCUCCCGCACCGGCACCUGUCGUCGAACCAGUUGUUACAGAAGCCCCUGAGCCAGUUCAGACUGGUGGUGUGUACAGGCCUCCUGGUGCCAGGGAGGGUGGCAGGCCACGGAGAGCACAGCAAGGACCACCAGAAAUCUAUAGUGAUACGCAGUUCCCAUCACUGCAGUCCACCGCCAAGCUUGUAGACAGUCGAAAGGAUAAAGAAAUGGAGAAGAGCUUUGAAGUAGUAAAACACAAAUCUAGAGGUAGGGAUGAGGUCUCAAAAAACCAGGCACUUAAACUUCAGCUAGACAACCAGUAUGCUGUGCUUGGGGAUCAGUAGAGCUGCAUACACAUUACAAUUAAGGAAUGCUUUUUUGGUAACCCUUCUACUAAGGUAACUAAACUACAGCUAACGGCUAUGAUGAACAUGCCACCUUAUUUCUGCUGGAUCUACUGCAGCAAGUGCAGACUACUUUUGACGUAAGUGCUUGGUUCUCCUGCGUUAUGGAAGCAUAAUAUGUUACAACUUCUCCAUUGGAAAUGGGGCAGAUUAAUGUAAAUGCUUGAACAAGAGUCAUCAGUGUUCUUUAAUUGCUCAGAAAGAUACCUUCAGCCAGUGGUCAUUUCAAAAUCUUUUUAUGUUCAGAUACUGAGCCUUCGUAAAGGUUGACUACCUCAGACUUGCUGCACUCAUUGUGGACACCAUGUGGAUCACAACUUCUGGAAGAGAAGGUUACAGCUGUUUUAGUGGCCAUCUGAAACUUGAAACCAGCUCUACUGGAUUCCUGUCAGAAAUCCUGCAGAAGUCAGCCAUUUGGUUCCAAUUUGCUAUAACAAAGAUUUAAGUGACCUUAAAUGACAAACGUAUUCUGUUCCCCUUCUGAGGAAUCCUGUCGUGUAGCCAUAGCCUACUAGAGACUUCUGGAGCAUACCAAUACCACUCAUGCUACCCAAGUAUAACAGAGCUGUAGUUUGUUUACCUUUUUAGAUAGCUGUACUGAAGUAACUGCAAAACAAAUUAAAACUCACUAUCAGAUUGGAGGAACGAUGGGUUUGAAUGGUCUGUUUGCAUUAGCCAUUUUCACAGUUGUCUGUUGAAGCAUCUUAUUUUUGCUGUUCUCCACAAAAAACCCCCAAAUGCCUGCCUUGUUUCUGAUAUCAAAUUGCAGUCUAUUUAAGUAAUGAUGAGAUGUUGUAGUGAAAUAGGGUUCAUUUUGGCUUUUGUCAUGAGGUUUGUCUUUCCUACCCUACAGCAUUAAGAGCUUUUUUACACAGAGGUAUCCAGACUCUUAAGUGAAGAAUUUGACUUUUAAAAAUGAGAUACGUGGCAGUAG